AUGUCAAAAAAAGUUAGAGCUGGCAAUAAAAGAGCAGAAUUUGAUAGACUUGUUGGCAAGGAAAAGAAAUGCAACGAUGAAUCUAAAGUGAAGAAUAAUCAAAAAGUUUUACCUAAUAAUAUUACACUUAUUCAGUCUCAGCCGAAGUUGCCAAGACCUGGCAAAUCUAAUGUAGGGGGGAAGCCCGCAUUAGAUUUAGCUAGGUAUUUUAUUCGGAAUGAAGUAAAAGUAGAAAAUAUUAGAGAAAGGGGGAACAAUUUUAUUGAAAUAGAUUGA